GUCGGGGUUGAAAGUGGACACAGUGAUUCGUAGUCCUGUCGAGGCCACAAAUCGGAGCUUCCCGGCGGCGGUCAGUGAAGGAGGAGACUUGCAGGGCUGAGGGAGGGAGCAAGCGAAGCAGUUCACUCAGAGACUCGAUUGAAGCUCGAAGAAAUCUCAUUGAAGCUCUGGCUCUGCACGAUUUCGGCCAUUUUCAGGUGUCAUCCAGAAGAUUAGAGAGCCGAGGAAGUCGAAGGAGUGAGCGAUAGAGCUCCGGGAGGAGAGAAAUCCACAGUCGGUUAAGCUGCGGGGAUUAGUAGGUAAUUGUUCAAAUGUCAGUAAAGGGGAGGAGAGUUUCUGGUAGAGGAGGAGGAGAAGCGGUAUCAGCAGCAAAUUAUGUGUUUGGGCCCCAUGAAGAUGACAUAAUUAUAAAGCACAGGCUCUUGACUAGAACAACAACUACGAGAGGAGAACCUCCAUUGAAGAAACUCCAAAAGAAGUUUACGGCAUUUGUCCUCGAAGUUGAGAAGGACGUAGAUGAUAACCUGGCUGAUUGUGAGAAGCUUUCCCGAACCUUCUUACAAGAGCUGUCCACUUUUGAGAUCCCUCUCCUCAAAAGCAAGGCUGUUGUCGAUGCCAACGUAAGAGAGAAAGAGAAUUUCAACGAGUUGAAAGAUGAGAUCAACAAGGAAAUCUUGCAGGCACAGUCCGAUAUAGAAGAUUUGAAGAAACAGCUUGAGGACAGUAAAAUCGAGAGGAAGCACAAAGAGGAGUGUGAGGCUAUCAGAAAGCUGAUUGCAAUGCAACCGCCUAGAUCGGAGACUCAGAAGCUCAUCACGGAGCUUGAAAGAGAAAUCGGAUUACUUGAGGCCGAGGACUUAGCCACUUCUAGAAUGCUUGAGCUUCGAAAGAAACAGUUUGCUCUCUUAUUGCAUGUGGUGGAUGAGUUGCAGAAUACAAUCGAGGAAGAUCAGAAGGCUCUGAUGGAGGAGAUGAGAAUGGUGGCAGAGGAGCCCAAGAACGGGCUGCCGGAGGAUUCUGCUGUGGCUAGUAGUAGUGGGGGCGCAGAAGCCAUGAUCAUAGAUUGACUGGCUGGCUACUUGGUGCUGCCAACACGGUCAUCUUUAUGCAGAAUUGAAUCACUUUUAUCGGUUAAAUGUUGUGAACGCUAACUGUUGCGAUCAGCUUUUGUCAUUGUAUGCGACCGUGUAAUCAGUAUGAUGUGUUAUAUUUGAUUUGCUACAUUGCUGCUUCGGGAUUUUCCUGGAAAAUAUAGUUUACCAACUGAAA